AUGUUGGCAAUCCGGAAAAUUGACAUUCAGAUGCAGUGAUCAAACAAUGUAUGUCAACAAAUGUCUUGGGUAGUGUAGAGCUGUUGACAAGAUAACUUGGCUGUAGUGACGUGUAAUGAUAGGAACGAUGCUUCGUUUUAUAAUUUCUCACUGUAGGCAGAAUAUAUAUUUCAUAAUUGGAUUGACGGUCGGUGUGUCAGUUAGCUUGAUUUUGUCCCCUGUUCUUGAGAAUGAAUGCGAUAGCUCGAUCUCGGCCGGCUAUUUCACUGACAGGUUAACUGGCGGAUGGCAGUCAGCAAGCGAUAUGGAAACUGAUGAAUAUAAACCAAGAAUAAACCUGGCAGGAAAGCCACAGAAAGCUCAGAAGACUCCUCAAACACUAGUUAGGCCACGAUAUUAUUCAACAGAACUAGGGAUCCGCGAAAAGUUAUUUAUUGCUGUUCUAACAUCACAGAGUACAAUAUUCAGUAAUGCCGUCAGCGUAAAUAGAACUGUUGCACAUCUCGUUGAUAAAAUAAUGUAUUUCAUCGACGCUCUGGGACCACAGAAAUUAAAUAUUACGAUGCCCGGUAUUGUGGGUUUUACAGAUACAAGACGAAUAUUGAAACCAUUCCAUAUGCUAAAAUACAUCACUGACAAUCAUUUAGAAGAUUACGAUUAUUUUUUUCUAAUGAGGGACUCAACUUACCUAAAAGCAAGGAAGCUACGUGAUACUGUGCAGUCAAUAAGUGUUAGCGAAGAUGUACAUGCAGGCAGUGGGAAAAACGACGAACAUACAGCAUUUUGCUCACUAGAUGCUGGGUUACUGUUAAGCAAUUCAGUGCUACGAAAAGUGUUAGCAAACAUGGAAUGGUGCGUCAAGAAUGCAUUUUCAGACUCUGACGAUGCCAAUGUUGGACGCUGCAUUGUUCAUGCUUCAGGACUGUCUUGCCAGGAUUCUGUUCAGGGUCAGAAGUUUACGAGUUUUGAACUGAACAGUAAUAUGGACAUCAGAAAAAAUUUUGAUAAAUUGCAACAAGAUCAGUUAUUUGAAUCUUCUCUGACCAUAUAUCCAGUCAGUGAAGCUUUGGCAUACAAGUUGCAUUCUUAUUUUUGUAAGUCAUCUUUAAAUGAUGUUGUUAACAAAAUAGAUGCUUUGCGACAUUCUAUGACAAACAAAAGUCAUACCUUAGUACCUAUUACAUGGCCUGUGGGAAACCAGCCAGGAAAUAUUCCAAGCACACGUUUUGACGUGUUGCGAUGGGAUUACUUCACUGAGAAAUUAAUGUAUCUGGGUUCAGACUUUACCAAUGUCAAACAGCUAACUGGUGCUGAUAAACGUGACAUUGAGUAUGUAUUAAAAGCAGCUGUGUUGAAAAUUGAAAACCUGUACAAUGGACAGUUGGUGUUUCGUAAACUCAUAAAUGGCUACAGAAGAUUUGACCAGUCUCGUGGAAUGGACUACCGUCUAGAUAUGGCAUUCAAAAGUACAACUACUGGGCGUGAAGUACAUAAAAGGAUUGAAGUUUGCAAGGCUUUGGGUAAAGUAGAGAUUAUUCCCAUGCCUUAUGUAACUGAGAACACUCGGGUUAAUCUUAUUCUUCCUGUUGAAGCAGAUUUGAAAGAGGAAGCUAAAACCUUCAUGGAGCAGUAUGCAAAAAUUUGUAUGGAAAAACAUGACAAAACAUUCCUUAUGCUGGUUUUACUGUAUGAUGCAAAAGUGCCGGGCAAGGGCAACAAAGAUGAUGUAUUCUUAGAUGUCAAAAAUAUGGCAUUGGCACUGAGUGACAAGUACAAAAAAGAUGGUGGUAAAAUAGCAUGGGUGUCAAUAAAGGUUCCUGCACCCAUCCAGACUGGAGUUGUCCUCCACUCAGGUUCUCUCAUUGACUUUGCAGUUGUGGAUCUUGUUGUCAAAAAGCUCCCACCUGAUUCCUUAAUAUUAUUAUGUCAGCCAAAUAUGGAAAUACGACAGGAUUACCUCAAUAGGGUUCGGAUGAAUACAGUCCUUCAGUGGCAGGUGUUUAGCCCUAUACCAUUCACAGAGUUCCAUCCUGAUAUUGUGUAUACACCUGACGUACAAAGACCAGUAGAACUGGACAUAAACAAAAAUUAUGGUCAUUAUGAUUCAUAUAGCAAAAGUAAUCUGGCAUUUUAUGCAAAGGACUACCUUGCAGUUCGCAGACAAGUGGAACAUAUCAUUCCAACUGUGCAAAAUGAUCGUGAUAUCAACUCACUUGUAACUACGAGAAAUCGUACUUUCGUUGGAUCAGAUUUUAGUUACGGCUGUUCUAUAAAUUCAUUGUAUUCUAUGUUUGUUUGUGCAAGCAAUUGUCAUGUUCUUCGUGCUGUGGAGCCUGGCCUCAGAAUCAGGCACAGAGAAAGAAACUGUUCAGUACUUUAUGGAUUACAGCUAUUGCAGGAUUGUGAGCAGCAGAGAGCUUUUAAUUUAGGACAUAGGAGCCAAUUAGCACAUGCUAUACUCGAAUAUAAGACAGGGCACACAUUAUAAAGCAUACUAUUUUUUAUAUAUUCUUGUAUGUAUAAAGGCUUGUGAUAUGAAUAUGUGUAAAAGAGUUAAUGGAUGUUGUUGAACAGAACUUGGAUGCUGCUUUUUGCUUGACAAAACAUAAUCUGUUGCAAGACUUUAAGUUUGACUGCCUGGUAGUGUUUUCAGAAUUAUUUACUUUAUUGUAUUACUAAUUAGCAGCAUAGAAUAAUUAAUACAUUUUUUCUUUC